AUGACUGAUUUUCGUAUUGCUAUCGGCGGAGACGACGCCGGCUUCGCAUAUAAGGAAACUCUCAUCAAGGACCUGAACGCCGAUGAGCGAGUAAGCGAGGUCAUCGACGUCGGCCCCAAUUCAGCGUCAGACAAGACGGCGUAUCCCCAUUUCGCAAUCGCAGCUGCUGAGAUGGUCGCACAGGGAAAGGCAGACCGCGCUCGUAAGGACUUUCCACUCCCAUACACUUCUCUGAAACAAAUCAUGGGAAACCUGCGUGUCGCCAUUUCCGCCAACAAGGUCAAGGGCAUUCGGGCUGUCACCGCCCACGACAGCUUCAGCGUGGAGAGGUCGGUACUCAGCAACGAUUCGCAGGUUCUCUGUCUAGGUGCUAGGGUUAUCGGGAUCGAGCUGGCUAGGAGGCUGGCUAAGGAGUGGUUGGGAUAUACCUUCGACCCGACGUCUGCUUCUGCAGCAAAGGUGCAGUGCAUUAUAGAUUAUGACAACAAGAACAAUGCACCAGCGGUGGCCACAGCUUAG